GUGAAUAACUGACAGCAGAAAGGGCCUUGUCGAUGUUGUUUACAAGGCCCCUGUUCUCAAGCCACUUGCAGCACAAGGCCUGCCACCAGUGGGUAUCUAGUACAUCAAGAUGUUCUUGCAGAACACAGAGCACCUCUGCACUACAACAGUACAUCUCAAGAAAUACAUUAGAAUUCAUUCAUAGUACCAGGUCUCCUCGCAUACGGCAUUUAGGAGGAAAUGCGUUGGCCAGGAGGCUGGUGGUUGCAGCAGCGCCUACUCCAGAUAGCCAGUCUUCUGCCUACCUGCCAAGCAGUACAAUGAAGCCCAGCAGCUCGUCAGCUGUGGGCGUGUUCUGGCUCCUCCUCGUCAAUCUGGUUCUGUAUGCGGCGGACUACGUCUUCAAAGCCCCAUGGGUCAGCAGCCUGUACUUGUGGCAUCGCGCCCCUCACUGGUGGCAGUUCCUGACAGCAGCCUUCUGCCAUGCUUCAUGGGACCACCUCAGCUCCAACCUCUUCAUGCUCUACACCUUUGGCAAAAUAGUUGAGGAGGAGGAAGGCCCGGGAGCCCUCUGGUUCACCUACAUCGUGUGCUCUGUGGGGGCCAGCGCGGCAUCCUUCUUUGCGGAUCCUGCUGCAACGUAUUCACUUGGAGCUUCGGGGGCUGUGUUUGGGUUGUUUGCAGUGGCUGUGCUGCUCAAGCUGCGCUUUAACUUUCAGAAGCUGGUUGAGUGCCUGGUCCUGGGACAGUUUGUCGUAAAGCAAGUGCUCCAGGAAGUGGUCAGUGCCCAGAAUGGUGGAGCCAUGAUUGGAGCCUCAAAGGUUGGCCACAUUGCACACUUGGCUGGAGCUGUCAUGGGAGUGGCGCUCAUAUUGUUGCUGCAGAGGCUACCAGAUCCAAAUAGUAAGCAGCUGCCGUGACAGGGUGUGAUACAGUCUGUUCUGCCUGCUGGUGAGUUCAGGAGCAUUGUACCAAAAGUGUAUUGUCUGGUCAAGAAUGGACAGAAUAGCUAGGGCACAUGACAUUGUGCUCUUUUCUUUUCUCAAGAGAAUUGGGAAGUCUUUAAAGUCAAUCGCGAGCCAGUCAAAAGAGAUGUAAAAUCGACACGA